AUGCUUUCACGUCAUUAUACGUCAUUGGAACGUCAUUCCUCAACGCAUACACUGGGUACUAUUCCACGAUUUCGUAGUCGAUCACGUGAAACAAUUAAGCGUAAUAAUAAUUAUGAUGAAAAUGAUGAUGGCCGUAAUUCACCAUCACGUUCAUCCUUAAAUCAAUAUAUUUUUUCUGAUGAAGAUGGCGAACGUUUGAAAAAGUAA